AUGUCUGUAGUAACAGUUCAGCUCGGUCAGUGCGGUAACCAGGUGGGUCAGGAGCUUUUUGACGUCAUUUGUAGCGAUGCUCAGGAGGGACACAGGAAAACUUACAGCGCUUCCAGCUGCAAGCGGUUCUUCCACCAAACCGCACACGGAGACCUCGUUGCCAGGGCGGUGCUGAUAGAUAUGGAGCCUAAAGUGAUCAACCACAGUAUGAGCAUGGCUGCAAAGUCUGGCAGGUGGAGGUAUGGAGAGAGUUCUCAUUUCAGCCAGAAGCAGGGCUCUGGAAACAACUGGGCUAAUGGGUAUUGUGUCCAUGGUCCUCGUCACAGAGAUGCGGUGGAGGAGCUGGUGAGGCGAGAGGUGGAGCGCUGUGACAGACUGUCUGGGCUCAUAGCAAUGAUGAGUGUGGCAGGGGGGACGGGGUCAGGGGUCGGCACCUACAUUACUCAGUGUCUCCGAGAUAUUUACCCAACAUCUUUCAUCCUCAACCACCUUACCUGGCCGUAUGGGACUGGAGAGGUGAUCGUCCAGAACUACAACUCCGCGCUAACGCUGGCUCAUCUCUACCAGUUGUCAGACGCCAUCCUGGUGCACGAGAACGACACGGUGCACAGGAUCUGCAGUCAGUUGCUUAACAUCAAACACAUCUCUUUCAGUGACGUCAACAGGGUUAUCGCCCACCAGCUGGGCAGCGUCCUGCAGCCCACACUCACUGCUGACUCCCAUGGAGAGUACAGCAGAAAUUCUCUGGGUGAGUUGGUGAGUGCUCUUGCCUGCCACCCAGAAUACAAACUGCUCAGCGUGUGCACCAUCCCUCAGAUGGCCAGUUCCUCCAUAGCUUACAGUACGUUCAGCUGGCCGGGGCUGCUCAAACACCUGAGACAGAUGCUCAUCUCCAACACAAAGAUGGAAGAAGGUAUAGACUGGCAGGUGCGUCCCCCUGCUGGCUGUGGGCGGAGCAGGAGUCUCACUGGGGGCAGCUUUAACACCUCUCUGGCCAACCUUCUCAUCCUGAGAGGGAAGGAUGUCUACAGUGCAGAGACAGGUGGCUUUGAGGAUCCAGCCCUGUACACCUCCUGGCUCUCAUCCAAAGAAGCUUUCAACUUGUGGAAAUCCCCUGUACCCUUUAAUAAGUAUGAGAAAUCUGCCACACUGGUCAGUAACAGCCAGGCUCUGCUCAGACCUCUGGAUGACAUCGUGGGAAAAGCCUGGAAUAUGUUUGCUUCCAGGGCAUACAUCCAUCAGUACAUUAAAUUUGGUAUCUCAGAGGAGGACUUCCUAGACAGCUUUACGUCUCUUGAGCAGGUGAUCUCCAGCUACAGUCAACUGUGCUAGCACUGGGGACUACCAUGGCUUUCAUGUAGAUAAGAAAAUAAUACCUCAUGUGUUGUAUAUAUGUUUUAAAUUGCUGAUGCUUAA